AUGGUUUCAAGUUGUGGACAGAAUUCUACAGGAUGUAUCGAGGGUCGGUCCGAUGGUGUUGUGCUUAUUGAAUCUGUGGCAAGUAUCAUAAUAACCAUUGUUUGUUUCUUUGGGAAUUUGUUAGUCUGUGCUUGUGUAUAUCGCGACAAAUAUCUUCGUACCGUACCGAACUUGUUCAUCGUUAAUCUUGCUAUAACCAAUAUCCUACUAUCUGUUACGGUAUGGCCUUUCUGGACAGUUGCUUUGACUACAGGGAAAUGGUCGUCGACACAAGCGGCGUGUGACUUUCAAGGGUUUCAAAACCACUGCUUGAUGACUUCAUUAACAUUAACCAUAGCUGCAUUGGGAUUGAAUCGUUACAUAAUGCUCGUCUACCCGUUUCAUUACCGAAUACUCUUCAAGCGAAAGAACGCGUAUAAAGUAUUGGUGGUUCAAUGGUUCCUCUCCAUAUUUUGGGCGUUUUUACGCUUCGCACAUAUGGGUGGUUAUGAAUUUAUACCAGAGAUAGGCUUGUGUUCAAGCCGGGCUAAAAAAUUGGUUUCUGCAUUCGAUGUUACAGUUCUUAUAUUAUUGAAUAUUCUAACUUUAUUUUGCUACUAUAAAGUUUUCACCACAAUUAGGAAACACAUAUCAAGUGUGUUGCCACAGGGUACUAAUACGCCAUGGCCUCCAGCUACUGGACCCAAAGCAUAUUAUUACGAAGAGGUAAACUUCACAAAAACAUCCAUGCUGAUAUUUUUCGCUUAUGGCCUAUCAUGGCUACCUCUGAUAUUAUUUGCUCUGCUCUCGCUGGCCGGAGUUGAACUUCCGAGAAAUGUGCUGUUAACAUCAUGGUUUUUGAUCGCGCUAAGUUGUGCAACUCAUCCAGUAAUAAAUAUUGCAUCCAAUAAACUGUUUCGUAAAGGAUUUUACCAAGUGUUGUGUUCUUGUGGCUUUGACUACGAAGCAAAUAUUACCACUAGAUUGGAUGGUGCUGCAGCUCCCGUGGCAGAAGCUGGGUAA